AUGUUGCAUUUUGUUGCGUUCGUGCUGAAACCAAAAGAUCUGAGGACCCAGUUUAUAGAGCAGUCUAAAUGUUUGGAUUUGAAACUCGACAUAGAUUGCACGGUGUUGGCCGAACUGCAAGAAUUCUAUCGUCGUCGAGCUGUCGUCGAACAGGACUAUGCUGAUGCCCUCGCCAAACUAGCCAACACCCUGAAACAGAGACAUGCCAAUGAGACAGCAAAACGCCCUCAUUGGGCACCGUACACAACGACGACGAUUUUGAAUACGUUGCUCGGUUCCACUCUGCGGUUGUCCGAAGCCCAUUCCACUCUGGCUGAUUUGUUUGCCAAACAAAUGGUACAGCGUUUGGCCGACAUGGACGAAGACGCCGUUCGUCUGCACAAACAGUGUCGUGAAAUGAUGUCCUGUUGUCAAGACCGUGUUCUGAGUAACACUGCCAAGCUUCAAGCUGAUCUACGAGAAUAUAUGAACAAACAAACAGCCACAAUUGAGGCUGGGCGUGUAUGCCGACGUUUCGAAGACAAACUAACCGUAUCCGACCAGAAAGCUCGCAGUAAGGGCAAAGAUCCGACAACCAGUCAGCGGUAUUUACGUUCUCAGAAAGAAUUUGAGGCUAAACAACAAGUCUACACGAAUGCAACUCUGGCAACUGCGCGAGCCCGGAACGACUACCUCUUGCAGCUGGCUGCAACCAAUCACAGCGUUGCCCGGUACUUUACCGAGGAGGCUCCCGAUAUUAUUGAUUGCCUGGCCUGCGGGUUUCACAACAGCUUGGCCCGGUCCGCUAUGAUGCACCUUAGCUGCGAGGAGGCAUUGAAGUCCCUACAUGGUCACAUUGUGGAAAUGUUCAACCGUAAUAUCACUGCACUGGACUGGAGACGGGACAAAGCAUGCUUUUUCAAGUACAACGAACAUGGAUUCACACGACCUGGGGCUUUUGUUUACGUGCCUUGUAAAGAGGACACCGAAUCUCAAAUUCGAGCCGAUGGAGUUUUGCGUGAAGAACUGGAAACAGCGGCGGACCAGCUGUCUGCGGAGAUCGAUAAACUUAGGGCCUCUACGGAAGAAACAUGGAAGACCCUGGAACAUGUUGAGAAGAGUCUUCUCGAACUAAUCAACCAGAAGGACUGUGAUGUUUCUCAGCUAUUCGUUUCCGAACACCCUCGUCGACGAAGAUCAGUCGGUGCCUCCUCAAUCACAAAUGGCUCGAGUGCUGCAGGUGGCAGUAGUGGUCUGGGAAGCAGUUUAGGCACAAUCGUUUCCAACUCUUCCACUUCCUCUUCCCCCGUAACCGCCCGAGGUCCCAGUCCCAUAUCAGGUGGCAAGUUGCAGGAUCAGUCUUCAGGUGGGCGUAGUCAGACUCCCAGCAGUCCGGCUGCCCAAUCUUCCGGUGAAAAUCCUUCUGGUAUGUAUCUGGCAUUACGAUCGGCCUAUCGCGAAGCUCGCAUAGAACAGGAGAAGUUCUAUCUGGAGCGCUUCGCGUUUUACACACAAGAGGUACAUCGAUGUCAAGUUUUGCAGGUUCGGCUGGCCGAAAUCCGCCGUGCUUUAGCCGCAACUCAGCCUGCCUCACAUUCAUCUCCAGAGAACGCCGUUACUAUGCGCCCAAUCAGCAACGUUCCAUACCGGUAUGCUGUUCCUGUUCUUCCGACAGCAAGCACUGGUCUACCCGCUUCCAAGGGUCGCCCUCAGACAGAUGAGACAUCUGAGGUGUCUUUUGACCUUGCACAGUCACCUCCUCCCCCACCUCCCGCGCCACAAUCCGAGUCAGCGUGCCGUCUGAUGCGGAGCAAGGUCAAUCUGAAAGAUAGGUCUCUGGUCCAGGUCUGCAAUCCGGAACCAGUGACACAAUCUACUCUGGUCCAAAAACCACAUAAGACCCGCCGUGUGCUCCAAGUUCCUAAUGUAGGCAAACCGAAGCUGUUUGGUGGUACGAUUGACGAGUAUGUGGAGGCCACAAAACAACCGAUCCCAUGUAUUCUGCUCUCUUGCACUCGGGCAAUUGUUCAGUUCGGCAUGCACCAGCAGGGUAUCUUUCGCGUUUCUGCAAGCCAAACGGAGAUCAACGAAUUCAAAGCAGCCUUCGAAGAGGGCUUCGAUCCUUUGGUCGAUGCUCGUGAAGCCAGAGACAUCAAUUCUGCCGCUGGACUGUUGAAACUGUACUUCCGUGAACUCGGCGAACCGCCUUUCCCUCAUUCCAUCUUCAAAAAUCUCAUUGAGUGUACGAACAAACAAUCCGAUAUGGAUGAAACUGCCCGUCGUCUGCGCCAAGUGGUUAUCCAAGGUCUGAGUCGCCCGGUGUUUAUCGUCAUGCGUUUCCUUUUUGCUUUCCUCAAACACGUUUCUGAGCAUUCAGAUGAAAAUUCCAUGGAUGCGUAUAAUCUGGCGGUCUGUUUCGGACCCACACUGAUGCCUAUCCCAACCGAGUUACUCCAGGUCCAUCAACAGACCAGCGUAAUCGAACUAAUCAAAACCUUCAUCACCCAUCACGCGAUGAUAUUUGAUCCUCUGGUUCCUGGUCCAGUCUAUAUGAAACACGUGUUACCGGCAAAUUCCCAAAUGUCUUCCUCUAAAAUGUGCACACCUGGCACGGACCCAAAUCGCAGCGAGGAUCUCCCAUUGACGUACGUCCAAUCAGUCGCGUCUGAGGUCGCACAGACAGCUCUUCGUCGUAACUUGUCCGCACAUGCACAAAGCCCGACAGAUGUACGUGGUUCCAACUUGAGUGAGGAUACCAAGUCUUCCAGUAACGGCGAUUUACCAGGUGCUGACCUCUCCGUAGGUCAUGCUUCCUCUAUGGAUGAACUGGAUCGCAGGACGGAACGGGAAGAAGAAUCCCUCUCUGCUGACGAAUUGCGUUCGAUUUCUGACAGCGAAGCUUCGGAGGCUCCGUAUACUUUGGCAGUUGCUCAGGCCGACUUCGUGGGGACUACACCACGUGAACUGUCUUUCCAACAGGGUGACGAGAUAGUGUUAUAUCGUCGCCUCAACAAACAUUGGUGGGACGGACAACUGGUGACUGACUUGACUGGAACCCGUGGUCUUGUACCACAUCUCUAUGUGGUUCCGAAAACUGCGCUGGCGUGCUUAUCUGCAGCUUCCGACGAAGGCCAACUCAAUGAAAGUCAAAUGGAAGAGAAGGGCGAAUCUAUGGACGCAUCUGAUGAGUCCGCGGAUCUUUUGGAUAUCCGGGAAGGGUCGACGAAUGCUGAGGAGAAACAGCAGUCACAGCAGGAUCUUCCCAUGAAAGCCUCGGAGAUAAACUAUGGUAAUAUAGGUACUGAAGUCGCCAGUAAACACAAUACUGCUGGAGAAGCAGUUGAUCAAAAGAACGUGAUGAACACAUCCGUUUAUGAGAAUAUGACGGAGCCACAUACAUCUGUCACUGUCCCGGUACAACCUCAAUCUUGCCAAGGAUCCGUCGAAUCUCCAUCCAUGCCAGUGCCAGGUUCAGGACGUUCUCAGAGUAUCCCAGUCACGGGCUUGUUUCCAUCCAGUUCUCCAAUAACCGCUGAUGUAAACCAGCGCCGGACGGAGUCCGUCCCCAGCCUCCAACACUCAAGCGCAUUACGUCAUACUGUCAGUUGCUCUCUUUCUGCUCAAUUGAGCACACUACCAGAAGACGAAGCCGUAACCAAUCAGGUCACUUUUAGGGCCUCUCCAGUUUGCAGGCAUACCUCGUCGAACGUAACAUCAGCAGAAAACGAAGCACAGGCACGUUUUCUGUCACAUGCUGACAUUGACAACCAACUGGCUGAGUUCAUGAGAAAUCUCAACUCACUUGAACGAGCCGAUACAGAAGGUAGUAACUUACGCACUAUGCAGCGUACACGAGAACUCAGUCGGAAGUUUCAGCUACCCUGUCCAAAGCACACUCCGGACUUGGUUAUGGAUCUUCCCUUGACAAACGAUCUCAAUGUGUUGCGUCGCACAGAAUCGGCCCAGACCACACUACCCCCUAAUCUCGAUAGCAGUUCAGCUGAUCAUUUUGCAGAGCAAGGUGUGGAUACAAUGCGAAAGCGUCCAGAACAGCGUCAAGACUUCCCCGGUUCAGGGACUGCUUCUGGUUCUGGUUCCGUCGGCAAAAAACCUUCUGUUUCCCUCAAUCCGGAUUCCCGUUGUCUAUCCCCAGCCGCCCGUCCUUUGGAGGAGGAGCCUAAACGGAUAUCGAUCGCGGAUCGAGUUGCCGCAUUCGAGGCCUCUUCUCCUAGCUCUGAUACUCCACCUCGUCUGUUCCCUCGUCCAGCGGUUGCUCCAAAACCACCACGAGAGUGAUUUUUCUAUAACUACGAAUAGACAUUUUCCAAAUCUGUCACCAAUGACCAUCGGGUAUCAUAGCGAGUCCUCCGAGAUGCUAAACCAAGGACCCAAUUUCUUUUUCCAGCUGUGGCUACACUGAGCUUGUUGACGCUAAAUUUGGAACGGUUUUAAACCACAGCUGAUAUUGUCCUCUCUACUGUUUCAAACGUGACUUUUGAUUAAUGGAUUAUUAUUUUUUCUACCGGUGGUGACCCUUCGCGAUGCGACUUCUUCUGCCAACUCCGUUGCCCCGUGCAACUCAUCUGUAAAGUUUGAAACAACGACAAUGCUAUUUUUCUUUUUUCUUCUGAGUUUGAUAGUUUCACUCCCCCCGUCCCGCCCGGAACGGAUGCGUACCAUGGCGGCGGUACUACUGUUAUGUUGAUGUUUCUGCCACUGCUGCUGGUAGCGUACCUGCGUUCAUUUGUAUCUUCUCUAUAAUAAUGAUCAUUCUUUUCCCAAAGGUGCUUGGCUGGGAAGACUUUGUGUUUCUCUAGUUUUCUCAUUCACUCCUUUCUUGACUUGAACGAUAAUGCAUCAUGACAUUGUCGUACACAGACACAGUUUUAUGCUCACCCUGUUAAAAUAAAUACACACUAUGUUGCCGAUCGCU